AUGGUCCCGCUGUCGGUUUCCGCAAUGGCGUCUGCUACGCUGGUCGUGACUCUGGUUGCUUGGUGCUGUCUGGUCAGCGUUGCUCGUGCGGAUCUGGGAUACUCUCCGUCAGACUUAGCAAAUGAAGUCUCGCUGCAGGCCCUGUUUGAGCGAUGGUCCGUGAAGCAUGGCAAGGUUUUCGGAGUUGCUGAGAAGGAGUCUCGCUUCCGCACGUUCGUGGAUAACUUGCACUUCGUUCAUAACCUGAACUCGCAGGGCAAGAAGUUUACUCUUGCUCUCAAUGAGUUCGCUCACCUGUCGCACGAGGAGUUCAAAUCGACACACUUGGGCUUCCGUAAGGACAUGGACUCUCGCAGCGGCCGGCCGCUUCGCGGAACCUUCAUGCACGCUGAUGUUAACGCUCCGGAGGAAGUCGACUGGCGCAAGGAGGGAGCGGUGACUGAAGUCAAGAAUCAGGGUCAAUGCGGGAGUUGCUGGGCGUUUUCGACUACGGGAGCUGUCGAAGGUAUUAACAAGAUCGUGACUGGCGAGCUGAUUUCGCUGUCAGAGCAGGAGCUGGUUGACUGCGACACGAAGAAGGAUCAGGGAUGUGGUGGUGGUCUCAUGGACUUCGCGUUCGAAUUCAUCAUUAAGAACGGCGGUCUUGACACCGAGGAGGAUUAUCCUUACGACGCAACAGCACACAAGUGCAACAAGGCGAAGAUGAACACCCACGUUGUCACAAUUGACGACUACGAAGACGUUCCUAACAACAGCGAGGCUGGUCUGAAGAAGGCGCUUGCAGUGCAGCCUGUUUCCGUCGCAAUUGAGGCAGAUCGCCGGGAAUUCCAAUUCUAUUCGAGUGGUAUUUUUGACGGAGAGUGCGGCACGGAUUUGGACCAUGGCGUCCUGGCCGUCGGAUAUGGCACAGAGAAUGGAACAGAUUAUUGGAUCGUUAAGAACUCGUGGGGACCUCGCUGGGGAGACCACGGCUACAUCAGGCUGGUCAGGAACGUCGAAGCUGAGGAAGGCCAGUGCGGUAUCGCCAUGCAGGCAUCCUACCCUAUUAAGAAGGGGCCCAACCCACCUCCCGGCCCUCAGCCUCCUCCCACUCCUCCUCCCUCUCCUGAGGUCUGUGACCGCAAGCACGAAUGCCCUCACGGCACCACCUGCUGCUGCGGUCUCCCUCUUGGAAAGGUGUGCCUGUCAUGGGGAUGCUGCCCCAUGGAGCAUGCCACCUGCUGCGACGACCACCACCACUGCUGCCCUCAGCAGUAUCCAGUCUGCCGCACUGACAUUGGCAUUUGCACAAUGAGCCCCAACAUGGAGUUUGGAGUGCCUCUGCUCACUCGUUCCCAGGCACAUUUCCGCUGGCCGUUCCUGCGUGAUGUGCUCGGGCGCAAGGCCUCCGCAAUGGCGUCUGCUACGCUGGUCGUGACUCUGGUUGCUUUGUGCUGUCUGGUCAGCGCUGCUCGUGCGGAUCUGGGCUACGUCCCUUCGGACUUAGAGAACGAAGUCUCGUUGCAGGCCUUGUUCGAGCGAUGGUCCGUGAAGCACGGCAUGGUUUUCGGACUCGCUGAGAAGGAGUCUCGCUUCCGCACGUUCGUGGAUAACUUGCACUUCGUUCACAACCUGAACUCGCAGGGCAAGAAGUUUACUCUUGCUCUCAAUGAGUUCGCUCACCUGUCGCACGAGGAGUUCAAGUCGACGCGCUUGGGCUUCCGUAAGGACAUGGAUUCUCGCAGCGGCAGGCCGCUUCGCGGAAACUUCAUGCACGCUGACGUCAACGCUCCAGAGGAAGUCGACUGGCGAAAGGAGGGAGCGGUGACUGAAGUCAAGGAUCAGGGUCAAUGCGGGAGUUGCUGGGCAUUUUCCGCAACUGGAGCUGUUGAAGGUAUCAACAAGAUCGUGACUGGCGAGCUGAUUUCGGUGUCAGAGCAGGAGCUGGUUGACUGCGACACGGAGCAGGAUCAGGGAUGUGGUGGUGGUCUUAUGGACUCUGCAUUCGAGUUUAUUAUCAACAACGGCGGUCUUGACACGGAGAAGGAUUAUCCUUACGACGCAGCAGGGCACAAGUGCAACAAGCGGAAGUUGCGGUGCAACCUGUUGCCGUCGCAAUUGAGGGGAUUCCAGUUCUAUUCGAGUGGCAUUUUCAACGGUGAGUGCGGCACAGCUCUGGACCAUGGUGUUCUGGCCGUCGGAUACGGUACAGAGAACGGAACGGACUACUGGAUUGUGAAGAACUCAUGGGGUCCCCGCUGGGGUGACCACGGCUACAUCAGGCUGGUCAGGAACGUCGAAGCUGAGGAAGGCCAGUGCGGUAUCGCCAUGCAGGCGUCCUACCCUAUUAAGAACGUGCUUAACUCACUGCCCGGCCCUCAGCCUCCUACUCCUCUUGGCUCUCCUGAGGAGUGUGACAGCCGGUACAAGUGCCCCCAGGGCACCACCUGCUGCUGCAUUGUCCCUUCCGGCGAGAACAAGUGCUUGAAGUGGGGAUGCUGCCCCUAUGCGCAAGCCACCUGCUGUGACGACCACAUCCACUGCUGCCCUCCGUUGUUCCCUGUCUGCCGCUCUGACCGUGGCAUUUGUGCUGUGAGCUCCAACAUGGAGUUCGGGGUGCCGCUGCUCACUCGCUCCCAGGCACAGUUCCGCGGGCCAUUCCUUCGUGAUGUGCUUGGCCGCAAGGUGGGGCAGGAACAGGAGAAUGCCUCCUAG